UAAUUUUGACCGUCCGGUCCUUCAGUUUGCUGAUGUGGUUUUGAGUCGAGUGCAUGUUUAAGAAACUCGAAAGUCUACGUUUGUAAUUUGUUUCAAUACUUUAAAUUCGCCCGAGGUAUGCCUUAUUAUCAGUCUUGGGAAGAGUUUUCCAGAGCCGCGGAGAAGCUCUAUUUGACAGAUCCGAUGAAGGUCCGGGUGGUGUUGAAAUAUCGCCAUUGUGAUGGCAACCUUUGUAUGAAAGUCACCGACGACGCAGUGUGCUUACAGUACAAAACUGACCAGGCCCAAGAUGUAAAGAAGAUCGAGAAGCUGCAGGGGAAGCUGAUGAGGGUCAUGGUGUCCAAGGAAACGCGCAGUAUGGCCAUGGAGACAGAUUAAAGACUGAUGGGAAGUCACUUCUGGAUGGACAGUGGUGUCUGUGGGCACCUUGGUGGAGGAGGAGGACAACGACAUAAACCCCACCCCUCCGUUCUGGGAAUCAAAGUGAAACUCGGAAGUGAAUCCCUUGUUUUUCCUGAAGAUAUUAUGGUGCCUGACUUUUGAUGGCUUGUAUUUAUUUAGCAAUGGACUUGCAUGUUUUUGUUCAUGGCCACGAUUUAAUUUUUGGGGGGGGGGGUGGGCAUUAGAUGGGCUUGUGAGCUCCUCCUUACCCCCCUUUUCCCUGUUAUGAUCAACAGUGUGUUAAGAUUUAUCUCAUUAGAAAGAUGACAGUGGAAUUCUUUGAUCAUCUCACCAUACAGGUCCACUUGUCUUGUUAUGCCACUGGUCACAUUGGACAAAAUUACAAUUCCUGUACAUGACUGAUUUUCUUUUUUUGAGAAACCACCUCUGUGUAAUUAAAAUGUGGAGACAUACUUUUACUCUUAAUACUAAAUGUCAGUACUUCACUGGAACUGCUUUCAUAAAAUUGUUUCACUACCUGAA